AUGGUCCCCAACUCCUUCGACGACCAGUACCAGCACUGCCGCCUCAAAAUGCUGCGGGCGCUGCCGGCGCUCAACCGCUCCGAGUUUGUCCUGUCCAGUCCCUACGCCGAGGCCUGGGGCAAGGCCGCGGCCCUGUGGAACAGCCGGGCCUGCCGGGAUGAACCGGGCUCCAGCCGGGCCGAGCCGGGUUCCAGCCGGGCCUGGCUGGGCUUCAGCCAGGCCAGAUUGGGUUCCAGACAUGCAGAGCCGGGCUCCAGUCAAGAUGGGCCAGGUCCCAGCCGGGCCUGGCUGAGUUCCAGCACAGGCUCCAGCCGAACUGGGCCAGGUUCCAGCCCAGGCUCCAGCCAGGCCUGGCCGCGUUCUAGCCGGGUCGGACCAGGCUCCAGCCAGGCUGAGCUGGGUUCCAGCCCGGGUUCCAGCCCGGCCAAGCCAGGCUCGCUGCUGCGGCCGGAGCAGGCCAUCGCCCUGCUGGCCUACACCAUGGAGGAGCGCCUGUACGUGGAGUUCAACAGGGCCGUGCGCAGGGUCGGGCGCUCCCGCCGGGAGUACCUGAACAAUUUCCACUUCAAGGUGCUGCAUUUCCUGCUGACCGGGGCGCUGAGGGCCCUGCGGGGCGCCCAUAGCCACCCGCGGUGCCUGCACGUGUUCCGCGGCGUCGACAGGAUCCGCUUCACCGCCCGGCCCGGGCAGAUCGUGCGCUUCGGCCAGUUCGCCUCCUCCUCCCUGCUGAGGAACGUCAGCGACUUCUACGGCACCACCACCACCUUCGAGGUGCACACCUGCCACGGCGCCGACAUCCGCCGCUACUCCAUCUACCCCGAGGAGGAGGAGGUGCUCAUCCCGCCCUACGAGACCUUCAACGUCACCGGUGUCACCCAGCAAGGGGACGAGGUCCUCAUCCAGCUGCGCUCCCACGGCGUGCACAGCAAAUACAACUGCGCCUGGUUCCGAGGCAGAAGCAUCCCCAGAGCCCCCCCAGGCCUCACUGGGCUCCUCCUGGCAGCACUGGCAGCUGUCACUAGCACCCCCUGAGCCAUGAGGCCACCGUGCCUGGUGAAGACAAGGAGCCAGGGAUGGAACCUCUGGUGUCACCAGAAUGGCAGAACUGGCUGGGGAGGCAGAGAGGCCCCUGCAGGGUGGACACUGGAGCAGCCCUGUGGCCACCCUCCCUGAGCCCUGGCUGGGGUGCAGGGUGCAGCUCCGUGGGGGAGCACAGCGAGGAUUUUCUUCCCCUUUUGGAUAUUUUCU